UGGUGUGAAGAGAUGUAGGCAGAAGCCUUGCAAGGAGAUGGUAUGUUGCCAUCACUCCCUCUCUCUCUUGGGGACUCAAUUUGUAGCUGGCAAAGAUGUCUGGAGGAAAAAGAAUUCGAAGCAGUGAGUGUGUGCUGCCUUAUUACACAGCCCGCAGCUACCGCUCGAUGGGCGUGUUUAAUACCUCCAUGGGGGACCUGCAGCGGCAGCUGUACAAGGGAGGAGAGUAUGAAAUCUUCAAGUAUGCACCAAUGUUUGAGAGCGACUUUAUCCAGAUUAGCAAAAAAGGAGAGGUCAUCGAUGUGCACAAUCGUGUGCGAAUGGUGACUGUAUGCAUUGCGUCCACCAGCCCCGUUCUCCCGCUCCCUGACGUCAUGCUGCUGGCCCGGCCAGCUAAAGUCUGUGAAGAGCAUGCCAAACGCGGCCUACUCCCCAAAAAAAGAACUCAGAUGCCCAAGAGGACUCUAGAGCUCACCAGGCUACUUCCCUUGAAGUUUGUUAAGAUCUCCAUCCACGAUCGUGAGAAACAGCAGCUGCGCCUGAAGCUUGCCACAGGCCGAACUUUCUAUCUGCAGCUGUGCCCCUCUUCAGAUACGCGCGAAGAUCUCUUCUGCUAUUGGGAAAAGCUUGUCUAUCUCCUGAGGCCACCAGUCGACAGCUGCAGUAGCACCCCAACUAUUCAGACUGGGGAUGCAGGCACUCCUGAGGACAUCAAGAGUCUACUGGCUUCAGACCUCUGUGGAGAAGGGGACCAGGAUUCUGGGCUUCUGAAGCUUCAUGAGGUGCGUGGAGCCAGCUCUUCUGCUUUUGCUGGGGGAGAGGGAAUCCAACUUGCUGCUCUUGCAGCAUCAGCCACAGGAGGAGCAGCAAGGACAGUGGGUGGUGUGGCAGCCGUGGGGACAACAACCGGUCCUACAGCAGGUACGGCCGUGGCAGGGACAGCGACGCGCCCUGCAGCUGGUGCGAUGAGCAUGGCAGCAGCUAAGUCUGCAGGCUCAGGCCAGGUAACCACAGCCCUGGCAGGGACGGCCAUCAAGGAGUCCGGAGAAGGCAGAGCCAGCAAGGCCGUGGCAGCUUCUGCCAGUGUAUCUGCGGACAAUAUCAAUGUGGCGAUGGCGGGCGCUGCAAGCAGCUCCUCAGCGGGAACUUCCACGGCGGGUGCCGCCAGUGUCUCCCAGGACAGCAUGAAUGUGGUUUUUGCAGGCACCAUGAUGACCAAGGCGCCUAUGGGAGAAAAAGCUGAAGGGUCAGCGGUGGUACCCGUUGUCUCAGCCUUGCAGAGUGAAAGCUACAUGUGUGAACGGGAUGGUAGCCAGAAGGUUUCCCAGGUCAGUGCUGAAGCCAGGAAGGAGAAAAGGGAAAGAAGAGAAAAGAACAGAACUGCCAGCAGGAAAAGUUCCCAUCACCGCAGGACAGGUGAAAGUCACCGGCACAGGUCAGGUGGGCACAAGAGCCGGAAAUCAUCAUCCCACCAUUCUGUGUCUGGCCACAGGAGCAAGAGAGAAGAAAAAAAGGAAAAAGGGUCAAGAAAGGCAAGGAGCAGCAGGGGACGCAGUUCCCCUCACAAAAACGCCAGCCGCAGUUCCUCCAACAAGGGAUCUAGGACCUCUCGCAAAGCAGGGAAAGGACGAUCUGCAGCCAGUUCAAGCUCUGUAAGUAAGAAAUCCAGUAAAAUCAGCUCAUUUCUGAGGAGCUUCCUAACUGCAUCUAGUUCCAAAAUAGCCCUUGGAUCACGUGACAGAGAAGUAGACAUCAUGACAAAGACAGUGGAAAAGCGCAACAUAGAGACAAAGGUGGAAAAGGGCCAGGCAGGUCAGGAGCUGGAGCUCUACGGUACCAUGACAUCUGAGACAACGGAAACGAUCAUCUUUGAAGCCGUAUCCAUUUAAAUAGGAGCCAGGCGGGAAGCUAGAACCGUAACAACAGAGAGUUGGGCUCAGGAAAAUAUCCCCAGUGAGCCCAUUACAGUUCAAAUAAUAAAGGUCCUACAACUCCAAAA